AUGGCGCCUCUCACCGACGAUGCUGGGGAAACGUUUCGGGAUGUACCCAGUCAAUGGUCCAAUGCUGGAAAUCACGAAUUCUAUGGCAGAAGACACGAGAAUAGGUACGUUCCACAAAGUCUCCCUGACGCUCCGACCAAGUUGCAAAAACAAGCUCUAGCCAACACUACAAGGCCAGUUGAAAUGCCAUGGUAUCGUGGGGUCUACUCAACCGAUUGUAUGAAUACACGAAAAUCAGUUCCUAAAUUGCCCUAA